GCUGUAGGAAAGGUGAGCUAUGGAAGAGGUAGCACCCAGGAGAGUCACGGGCUCGUGUUGCGGCCGGGGCCGGGGCCGGGGCCGGGGCCGGGGCCAGCGGCGACCUCAAACCUGGGAGAUCUCUGACUCAGACGGCGAAGGUGCCGCCGCUAGGGAGGUUGGCACGCAAGUCUCCAGUACAGUAAGAGAGGACAGGGCUGCGGCCAAGGCGUUGCGGGCGGAUCAGGUCCUGAGUCGUCUGACAGUGUGUGUGGAUCCAGCUGUCCUGGAAGAUGCAGGCUCCGACAUCCUGAUGGAGGCGCUGGGCACGCUAGGGUGUGAGUGCCGCAUCGAGCCACAGCGCCAGUCCCGCAGCCUGCAGUGGAGCGUUGUCAGGCCCGACCCAGCCCCCAGCAGUGUGCCUCUGGAGGCAUGGGCUGAGAAUGAGCAGGAACAGAUGCUGCUGUUAGAACCCCCGGAGUUUCUUCAGAGUGCUAUGCAGCUGACCCAGAUCACAGGCCCACCUUGCUCCACGCCCUGGCUUUCUCCUAACAGUCCCACCCGCCCCCACCUGGCUGUCAUUGGACUGGAUGCAUACCUGUGGUCUCACCAACCCAGUUCUCAGAAGACAUGGCAGCUAAAGAAGUCAAAGGACGCCCAAUCCAAGGUGGCCAUCAGCUGGCCUGAGGUGGAAGAGGCCCUGGUGCUGCUUCAGCUCCACGCAAACCUGGAUGUGCUGCUGGUCGCCUCAUGGCAGGAGCUGAGUCAGUAUGUGUGUGCCUUCACCAAGGCCCUCUCUCAGCGCCCCAUUAAGCAGUACCGCGACUCCCUGGCCUUUUCCUUCUGUACAGCAGGGCACUGGGCCUCAGGCCAACGAGUGACCAAAGAUGGCUCUGGGCUCCGAGGAGUGUGGUGGCAGCAAAUCAGACAGUUCAAUCGGGUCAGCUCAGCUGUGGCUGAUGCUGUUGUCACCGCCUUCCCCUCCCCCCGCCUUCUGCAACAGGCUCUUCUGGACUGCAGCACAGAGCAAGAACGCCUGAGUCUCCUAGCUGACCUCCCUGUGAAGGUCCACAGUGGCAGGCAUCCCCGCAGGGUAGGACCUGACAUCUCACGCCGAAUCUGUGUCUUCUUGACCACCACCAACCCCGACCUUCUGCUGGACCUCAGCUCUUGACCACGCCUGUGACACCUUUGGGCUGCUUCCUGCCCAUCAGCAGAAAAGGAAAAGCCUGCCCAAGAGACAGACUGACCGUCACUGAGAGGCAGG